CACGGAGAUGCCGAGAAGAUGGACGCACGGAGUCACCACGAACCUAUCGACUUUUUAUCUCCAGAUCCAGAUUAGCUACCACGGCACCGCCAGCCCGGACGGCUAUAAAGACGAGGCCCAUCUCGAAAUCGACGGCGAUGAAGAAGACCAGUUCCCCUCUCCUGAUCGUCCUGUUCCUCACAGCAGCAGCCAUGGCGGCCGAGCCGGAGAAGCAGGCGGCCCCCGCGGCACAGGAGACGGCCGUGCACAUCGUGUACGUUGACCGCCCCGAGGACGCCGACCCUGAGGAGUUCCACAUCCGCACCCUCACCCCCGUCCUCGGCAGCGAACAGAAGGCCAGGGACGCAGUGCUCUACCACUACAAGAACGCCGCCAGCGGCUUCUCCGCGAAGCUCACCCCCCAGCAGGUCAAGGAUCUCAAGGAGCAACCAGGUGUUCUCCAGGUUGUGCCGAGCCAGACUUACCAGCUACAUGGUCCUGGGUCUGGCACUCACCAGGGCACGACACACACCUUGGGCCUUAUGUGAAGGCGUAUGAGAAUCAAGAAGACUGUGUUUAGUAUGGCUGUAUGGCACAGGUCUGACGAAUGUGUAUAGUACAGUACUAUGUAAGAAUAAGGGACGUAUCGUCUAUAUACUGCUUUGCGCAUGCUCAGCCCUGUUCUAAAGCUUGUAAUGCACCAAUGCGUAUGUUUUCAAUACAAUGACAAGUAUGCUAUCUUGUUUGGUGCUUGAUCGGUCCGUGUUUGAUCCUUG